GAGCGCUCUGCGGUUUUCGUGUCAUCGGUUGCUGAAGCCCAGCUGCACCCCAGGCUUGUCAAGGUCAAACCCGCCCGCUUCAUUCAUAGAACGACUGCGGCUGAGUGUAGCCUCGCUCCAUUACCGCUCGCUGUCACGCCAGUGUACGCUCAUAUACAUCAGCGAGGAUGAGCGCAGCACACUUGCACCCGGCGGCAUUGUAUCCUUUCCUCCUUUCAGCAUCCCCCAUGUCGUCAGGCGACCCGCAAGUCACACAAUCAGACAUCACUGCGCUCAAGCUAACUUUCACCAACACAUGCUGCCAAUUGGCGGCGGCUACCAUGAUAUUUCACGAACACAUGAUCACAAUCACUCAGGAAGUACGCUAUGUGUGGGGUCAAAGACUUACCGGGGCCACUCUUAUAUUCCUUCUGAACCGAUAUGUGGUCCUAAUCCUCGGCAGUACCAUCGUUCUACAGACAGUAGCUUGGGACACCCCUCUCGCUCCGGCUAACGCAUCUGGUAGCUGCGAAGCGACGAUAGUGCUAUAUGACGUAGUGUCUAUUUUGUUGUACAUCAUCGUCGCAAUAUUCUCUGCCCUUCGAGCGUAUGCCAUUUGCGGACGCAAAUGGACCUUUACCUUGGCUACCCUAGGCCUAGGACUUGCGAUAGCGAUUGCAAGCAUUUACUUCGCGGCGAGGUCAUCAUACGCAUACGUUCUCGUCAUUGACGAUAUGCCCGUCUGCGACUAUACGGACUACUACUCCGUGGAUUCGUUCAACAAUACUCAUAAAGUGUUCACCUAUCCCAAAGCACUGAUCGCAACACGCGUAUGCGCCAUCCUGGCGGACGCCCUUCUGAUAGGACUUACGCUAUACGGUACAUUGAGAACACGGCGGAUCAUAUCGACAAGCCUUGAUGCCACGACGCCUCUCACUGCGCAAUUGGCUAAGGAUGGUACGUCGUCUGGUAUACAUGAAAGUCGAUUGCUGAAUCUAAUUCUUCAGCUCAUUGCUGCUACUCAAUGUUCUGCAAAUGGCGUUCAGAUCGGUACAUGGCGCUGCUACAAAUUAUAUUUCUGUAUUCGUCGCCCCCAUCUCAUCCAUCCUCAUCUCACGGUUCAUGCUGAAUCUCCGACACGUCUUCUAUCUGCAAUCCAUGGGAUGGAGCACGAGCGUGAUCGGCAACAUGGGCAAGCCACUCGAUCAUCACUGGUACUCUGACCCCUCAACGUCAACCUCGAGUUCUUUCAGGGCAGCGACCAGUCCGUAUAUGUCAUCCGGCAUGUCAGGGAGCGAGGCUCUGAGUUCUGAGGUUCCCUAUGUGGAGCAAAUACCGGAGGAUAUAGAGCUGCAGGACGUGCGAUGAGCACCUGAUUAUCAUCGCUUUGAGAAGGGCAUUGUACGAGUAUGGGUCCGUUGUAUGGCAGUUGACUUCAUGCCUGUCAUAUUGAGGCAUGUGAACACAAAUCAAGUCUCAGUUUGACUACAGCAUU